AUUUACAAUAUUUGUUUUUUUCUUAUAGAAGCGGGAAACCUUAUAGAUGUUUCGCUGCUACUGGCUUCGGUCACUCAGAGGCCUCCAUUGAUAUCACAUAAUACGCCAUGGAAAAGUACGCAGUUCCUAUUGCUGCGAUCGCUGAAAACUUUAAGCCAAUAACGGGGACGCAGUGGAAUAGGAGUCUAGUUGAAUUGACUGGAAAAUUUAAAGGCAAUUACUGUCACGAUGUCUCCCCGCUGCUUAUGCAAUCAUAUUCCGAGAUUGGGGCAUUUCCUCACACGUAUCACAUUGAAGGAAGACCUUGUAAAACGCAUAUCAGCAGCAUGUAUCACUCGUUCUUGAUAAACGCAGCCACUGGAUACGCAUCAGAGGGUUCCCGCAUCAGUGGGACCGAAGGAGUAUCCAUUAAACACAUUCAUAUGCCAUGGAUAGCAAUGGUGGGUGUGUCUGCUUUGGAAUUUGACAGACAGGGAAUCUAUUUGGCAUCAGUGACAAGAUCAGGGUGUCUGACUGUUCAUGAUUUUGAAUCUUUAUACUGUCAAAGCAAUCAACCAGUUCCACGCCGAGAAGAAGAUGAGGGAAAAUACUUGCUGCACAUUUCUUUAUCCAAUUCUAUUGAUGCUGUUCGUUGGAAUCCUGUUAAUCAGGAUGAGGUGGCAUGUACAUCCCUAAGCCAUAAUGAAGUUCAUAUAUUUGAUAUUGGGUAUAUUUCUUCUGAACCAGUUGAGGUAUUGAGAAAGAGGCCUACUGUUACUGUUCAUGGUAGCAGUAUACGCAAAGGUUUAACUGAUGUAGCAUUGUUUAAUGAUGACACAAGGGUACUUGCUUCAGACACAUGUGGAGCAAUAAGUAUAUGGGACAGAAGAGUGGGUGAUCUUCCUCAAACUGGGCUUACAACUAAUGCAAAUAGCAGCCUUACAAGCAUCCAAUUGAAUGGAGAUCAAUGUGUAUAUGGUGCUAGUAAGAGUGGGUUUAUAUAUAUUUGGGAUCUACGUGGUGGAAGAUCAUCAGCUGCUUUUCAAAGUCACAAGGAGGUACAUUCUUCUCCUAUGACAUCAUUAAAGUUAGCAUCCAUGCUGAAUAAGAUUGAGCUUCUAAAGGCACAAUCAGAUAUUGUAGCAAAGGAAAUACAGUCAAUUGACAUUAAUCCAUCUUGUCCGAAUCAACUCGGCUUCCAUCUUGAUGAUGGUUGGUCUGGUGUUUUGGAUUUGCAUAAUUUCCAAGUGACACAUAUCCAUUGCCCUCCACCUCAUUGGCUGGAUGAAACAGAUAAUAUCCGUAUUUUAUUCUCGAGAAAACCAUCAUGGUUACCUGUACAUUCGAUGUAUGCAGUUGGGUCAUCUUCAAGUGAUGGGCUUCACCUAUUGGAUUUUUACCCACACAGAAACUCCCCAUGCCAUGUAGAUCAUGAUGAUAUGAAGGAGAGUUUUCAUCCACGUAAGCAAAACAAGUUGAUACCAUUGUCUGGACGUGUUACUGCUUGUGCCACUCAUCCCCUCAAUGGCACUAUCAUUGCUGGAACCCUGGAAGCUUCUCUACUCAUGAUUUCUCAAAAGCACAUUUCAUGGAAGAAAGGAGACAAUGAUGACAAUGAGCAUAAUUGAACACUUUUGUGUGUAGUCCUUUCUACAUGCUUUACCAAUUUGUAUAUUAAAUUCAUUGUAACAUUAAAUUCAUAGUUAAUUUAGUCUUUGGGAUAAUUGUCAUAAAGGGUGGUAACUAACUUUUUAAAAUGAUUAAAAAACAUCUUUCAACUAUAAAAACGCCAUCAUAAAG